AUGGCCGAGGUGGGGAAGAUCAUCCCACACUUCAAUGGCUUGAUCCGAAAUGGGCUCGACGGAGCCCAGUUGGUCGUUACCUUCGUGUGUCGUCGGAUCCAACCGAUCAAGAAGAGGUGCCAUCGGAUGUCUGAGUUCACAGGUAUUUCUGACCCGACACGAGAGAGGUCGAUAAAGUUGACUGGAGAUGAUAUUCUUUCCCGGGUGGCCCAGCUCUUGUCAACUGAUACUAACAUUUGCACUAAUGGCAAGCCACUUCCGUGUCAUCACAAACGACCGCCGGAAAAUUACCUGAGCAAGUACCUUUCCACGACUCUGGAGGAAGACGAAGAGGGAGUAGACAUGCCACAGGCGACGGUCAGCGUCACCAUAGUCAGCCAGCCCCCUCUGAAGAAACCGAGGACCCUUGGUGCCGGCUCCUCUGGGGAGUUGGUCCAACAGAAGGGCAAUGAAGUUGUGGCCCGCUCCUGCAGUGAGCUGGCACAACAGAGAGAGUCUGGCAACAGUGCGCCAAUUGCCCAGCCGCCGCCUGACGAUGGGGACACGGAGACCAUGUCCCAUUGGAAGAAGAGAAAGUCCGAUGAGGCCCUCGCCUGCUCCACCCCAGACCUGGGGCUGCAAGAUCUGUCAUAUCUUGGUAGGGUGGCGAUUUUUAAGAGGGAGGAGAAGUUGUCCAAGGAUGUUAUGUUACCCUGUCUGUUGCUGCACUCCAGUGCCUCGCCAACCAUGGAAGUAAGCACCUCUACCAGCAGGGAGGCAGCAGAUCUCACUGCCCCACACCGUGAGGAGAUGCCAGACAACGAGUCCGUGCCCCUGUUGCCUCCACAGGCAGCCUCUCCGUCUCCGACACCUCUAUCGGAGCCACGUUCACUCCAGUCACCGCCAGCAUGUCAAUCUCCUCCUACUACAACACUGUCCGCCUUGACUGUUCCCGAGUCAAUCAAGAUGACGCAUGUGCCUUGCCGGCCUCUCCCAUGUGACAACCAGGGGUCCAGUCAGCAGUCCGUUGGGUUCGCUACUGACUCCGUUGAAGUGGAGGGAGAGGAGAACAAGGAGCUGGAAGUUAAAUUGAAGCAGGAGAACAAGGAGCUGGAGUUUAAAUUGAAGCAGGAGAACAAGAAUCUGGAGGUUAAAUUGAAGCAGGAGAACAAGGAGCUGGAGGUUAAAUUGAAGCAGGAGAACGAGGUCGCUCGAGCUUUUGAGAAGAAGGCCAGUGAUCUGUCUAAGGAGCUUGACAUUGUGCGCGCGGAUCGCGAUUCCCUCAGCCGGAGGUUCCAGGAUGCCAAGAAGAAAGCUGCUGACUUGUGUGAUGCCUUCAAUGCUCCCUGCAACAAGUUCUCGAUUGACAAUUCGACCCCGGACAGUGUUGAGGUUGUCACCGAGCGACUGGGUAACUUCCCGACUGAGCUGACAGAUGAAGCAGUAGCAGCAGCAGCUGAUGGGGGGCACUGCUGCAUCGGGAUGCAGUUAGCGCUUGUAACAAGAGGUUGA